AUCAGCAGGAGGGCGGUUGGCGCGUUUGGGGGUGGUGCUGUUGUGUUUCUGUGUUGUCCUCCACCUCUUCCUCCUCCUCACUGCUGUUGUUCAACGGAGGAUGGCGGAGGCAUUGACUGUCCAGCGAGACUCAUUCGGCUGCAGUUUACAGCUCGCGGACCUUCAGGCGCUCCACUGCUCCUGCCAGAUAACCAGUAGCGCUCUGGGAUCAGGAAGGGUGGAGAGCCGUGGUUCGUUCCCUCGUGCCCCCAGCGUCUUGCAAACCUCCACAGGAAUGGAGAGCAGUCAACCAAUCAGCAUCACAGACCCAAAUUCACGCAGAAAGAAAAAACGCAGAAGAGCCGGAGACAGUUUCACAGGCAAAUUUUGUGAUCUAUACAAGCUGACAGAUGAGCUGCUGGGUCAGGGAGCUUAUGCCAAAGUCCAGGGCUGUGUGAGUUUACAGAAUGGCACUGAGUAUGCGGUAAAGAUAAUCGAGAAGAAUGCUGGCCACAGUCGCAGCCGAGUUUUCAGAGAGGUGGAGACGCUUUACCAGUGUCAAGGAAACAAGAACAUUCUGGAGCUGAUUCAGUUUUUUGAAGAUGACAGCUGCUUUUAUCUGGUGUUUGAGAAGUUACGUGGAGGUUCAAUUUUAACACACAUCCAGAGUCGAAAAUACUUCGAUGAGAGAGAAGCAAGUCGUGUGGUCAGGGAUAUAGCACAUGCACUAGACUUUCUGCACAACAAGGGAAUCGCCCACCGUGAUCUUAAGCCUGAAAAUAUCCUCUGUGAAUAUACUGAUAAGGUUUCCCCUGUGAAGAUCUGUGAUUUUGAUCUUGGCAGUGGAGUAAAGCUGAACAGUGCCUGUACCCCAAUAACCACCCCUGAGCUCACCACACCGUGUGGCUCAGCAGAGUACAUGGCUCCUGAGGUGGUGGAGGUCUUCACGGACGAGGCUUCCUUCUAUGAUAAGCGCUGUGACCUCUGGAGCCUCGGGGUCAUUCUCUACAUCCUGCUUAGCGGGAGUCCGCCAUUCACUGGCCACUGUGGCACCAACUGCGGAUGGGAACGAGGAGAGACAUGUCGUUCCUGCCAGAACAACCUGUUUGAGAGGAUUCAGGAGGGGAAGUAUGAGUUCAGCGAUGGAGUCUGGGCACAGAUAUCAGCCGAUGCCAAAGAUCUGAUCUCGCGGCUGCUGGUGCGAGAUGCCACUUUACGGCUGAGUGCCGCUCAGGUCCUGCAGCAUCCCUGGGUGCAGGGGAAUGCACCUGAAAGAGUUCUUCCAACUCCUCGUGUUCUACAAAGAAACUGCAGCACUAAAGAUCUGACGCAGUUUGCAGCUGAAGCCAUCGCGUUUAACCGCCAGCUGUCGCAACAGGAAGAAGAGCAGGAAGACUUUGGCGCCGUCGUCUGCUCCAUGAGGCUUUCUCCUCCUUCUAACUCUAGACUUGCCCGCCGCCGAGCACAGUCUCAAGCACUACGCAACAAUACCUGAAGUCGACCCACUGCACGGGUGCUCCAGUCAAACACAUACAUCCCACAUAGAGUAUUAUAACCUUUCAGACACUUUAGAAACACACAAAUGUGCAUGCACCAGAAACUACCAGACUAACCUUGUGUGUACAAAACCAUGCACAUGUCUUUAAUUCAUUUUGCAGGUCAGGUUGGUCGUCCUUCUGUUUAUCUAGUGUGAGUUUGGUAUCAGAAUGUUCAUAUUUAUUAUCAAAUAUUUAUUGCUGGUGGUGAUUGUUGGUCAGAUAUAAAAAGGUGCUCGGUUAUGUUGGAAUUAAUAGACCAUUUAUUUUAAUGUGACGACAUUAGCGGCGAUUUUAAAUGUAAGUUAGCAUUUAUAUUCUUAAAAUAAGUUUUAUUCUUUUUAAAAACCACUUUAAUUACUGUAAAGCACUGGACCUCUUGCUCUGUCACUUUUUUACUGUUAUUUUAUUGUUUUUUUUUUUAGCUGUUGUAAGUAUUAAACAAAUAAUAUUUUGCUUUAUUUUUGCUAUGUACUGUAAGGCCAUGCUGCCUGACGGUAACAUACCUUGGAAUUGCAUAUUAUUAUGAGAGGUACGAUGAGAUAUUAUAGACAUUUGACUUGUUAUUUUUUAGCUUAAACUGUAUUUAUUGCACAGUAUAUUUUUUUGUCAUUUCAGAGGAUUAUAUAUUUUUCUUUUAAUGUAUUUUUUUCCUUAUUUUCUUGUAAAUGUGAAGUAUUUUUUAUGCAGGAGGGCAAAGAACAUAUUCAGUAAUGAGAUGGAUUAAGUUGUAUUUUUUUUUUGGUUUGCAUUCAGUGGAAAUUGUGCCAUUUUCAGGCAUGGGGGCAGACGAUGUGCAAAAUAACUAAAUUACCUCUCAGUUGCCUUUUGUAUUAUCAAAUCGAGUUAUUUUUUUCCUGUUAUUUGUUGCAGAUUGAGCUGAGAUGAAAUGGUGAGACUUAAGUGGUUGUCCGUGUAUUAUUUAUUUAUGUACAUCAUGAGAAUUUGUUUGGAUACAUUUCUUGUACCAGGAAUGACACUAGAGGGCGCUACCUCAUUAAUAUUCUCAGUAUUCAGUGCCAGUUUGAUACCGAUAGAGUAUCUCAGUCUACAUUCAGGAAUGGUGGGAAUGGAAUGGCCAUUUAAGCCCUAAUAAACUCUGGGACAAAUUACAGGUCAGAGUGUUCUUUUGGUUUUCCAAUUUUGAGAAAUAAAGCAGUUUGCACUGAAACAAGAA